AUGCUGCAAAUAUGGCAUAACCAUCGAACAAUUGCCCCACCAAAACGACCAGAUGUAUUGACAAUCUACGAGAUAGAUGGAAAUAUACCACUCCACAAUACAAGAGCCACAAUAGUACCUUGCUUAGAUACGGAUUAUAUAUUUUUAUUUGGUGGUUUUGAUGAAUUGGAUAAUCUAGAUAGCAACGUCUAUCUCUUAAACAUGGUAACCGAAAGCUGGGAGAUUGAUGAUAAGCACAUGGGUCUAUAUCGAGAGGGACAUCUGGCAGUCUAUAUAGGACAGGGUAAUGUGCUAGUAUUUGGCGGUAUUCCUGAUGAAAUUCCUUAUUCAAUGCAAAAUAUUUCUGGAACAACAGACUCAACAGUAAGAAAAGAUAGCUUGAUGAUGAUAUAUAAUGUGCAUGACAAAAAAUGGAUAGGGCCACCAGGUUUUGCAUUAAAUAAUGCUCCAUCUUCUAGGUACCGUCAUGCUUGUUGCUUAUCGCCAGAUUGUUCUAAAGUUUAUAUUAGUGGUGGAAUGGUUGAUUCUACACCAUUAGACGAUUUGUAUUGCUAUGACCUAGUUUCUGGAGUUUGGACUGGACCGAUAAAAUUCGUUUCAAGAUUUGAUCAUUGUAUUAAAGUCUAUGAAGAUAAGAUAUUUUCAUUUGGUGGGUUGGACAAAGAUAUGAAUCAUGUAGUUGACUGCAUGACUUAUAUUUCGUUGAGAGACCAAAGUAUUGGAGAAGUUUCCUUAUUGCUGAAACCUGUAUUCAAUGAGUAUCAUGAAGAAACAAAUGACUUAAAACUUAUAAAUGAAUAUCCUUAUACACAAAGUGAGUGCUCCAAAUACGAAAGAACCUAUGUAAGCUCGUCAUCCUUUCCUACAACAGAAAUUGAAAUUUGCUUGCCACUGGCAGAUUCAUAUAGGGACUAUAAUGUAUCUUAUUAUGAUCUAGCAGAUUUUCAGCAUAUUCCUUUAAUUAAUCGAGAAAAUAUAGAACUUAUCUUGGGACUGAAAAAUGAAAAUUUAGGCACAUAUUUAUGGAAGCAUGCAUUUGUAACAGGCCUGGAUUCCUUAUUCCUAUUGGGACUGGUGGUUGAAUCAUUUGUCAGUCAUGAAGGAUCAGAAAACAUUUUGGAUGAAGAAAAUAAUGAUGCGGAUGUAAUGGGAAGUCUAAGUGAAAGAGAUGAUGAUGAACUGGUACAAGAACAAGAUAAUGAAAACAAUCACGACCACGAUUAUGAUCAAGUUCAAGAUGAUGUUACAAGGCUUCGUCUACUUGAAAUAAAAUUGUCCGAUUUGGGUAUUCCAAAACCCGAAAAGAACCUCCCAUCUAUGUCUGAUGAUUUUCUAAAUUUGCUUGUUAAUGAGGAAUUUACUGAUUUUGAAAUAGUCACCUUCAGAGACGAAACAAUUAUGGAGGAGUAUAAUAAUUUUCCAGAUAAGUAUAUUGACGUGAUUGAUAAAUCAAUGACAAGCCAAGCAAUAUUCGAUGAUGUUUUAAGGAGUAUUAAAGUUCACAAGUCUAUCUUAUUAGCCAGAUGGAAACAUUUCAGAAGGCUCAUAGAUAGCGGUAUGAAUGAAGCAAUAUCAAAUAAAAUGUUUAUUCCCGAACCUUAUUCUUGGGUUAGGGGUCUUGUGUUUUAUUUGUAUACUGACAAGAUAGAUUUAAGAGAAUUCGAAUUCCCACUAGGUACAUUAGUUGAUUGUUCUGGUGUACUUAUUUUAUCUAAUUUGUACGAAAUUCCACAGUUGAGAAUAAAAUUAUUGUCUUCUUUGUACAAGAAGUUGAGUAAUUUUGUUAUUGAAGAAGAAUCUAAGGAUUUAGAUAAUGUAUUAGGCACAAUUUUGAAAAUUUGGACGAAUGGUUUAAUAUCAAAUGAAGGUCUUUUGGUUGUUAAAAUUGUAGAAAUUAUACGGAAUAGCUGGUUGAUAUUCAUUAAAUCUAAACCAUUUAUGAACUUACCGAAGUCCCUAAUUAUCAAACUAUGUCAAGAUUGUGCUGAUAUUUUUCCUAAUCAGAAUACGAUAACAAAUAGCAACAUGCAAAGCAUAGACACAUUAUCCCAUGCUCUUUCUAAAGAUAAAGAGUCUGAUGACUCCAUUGAUAAGCUAGAUCCAGAUUCAGGUUUUGGAACUCCAACAAGUGGAACUACUCGUGAACUUCAUUCUAAUUCGCCGUUUCUUAAAGCAGCAAAUGAACUUUCUCCUCUGAAAACGCCUCAAAAUGCAAAUGACGUUACAGCAUUUCCAAAACUACAAUUCCUUUCAAAUGUUCUCAAUGAUAAGUUAGAAGACUAA